UGUACUGAGAUAGCGACAAUACCAAAAGCAGGCAAAGCAACAAGGCGCCGUUUGGCUUUAUAUACGCAGCUGUCGAGGCGUUUUGAGGGGUUUCUUACACCAGCAUGGCGCGUUUUUUGUAGGACAGUAUUUUUGUAUGGUUUAUUUUUGAAUUUCGGUUUUGUAAGACGCUGCAUGCAACUGUUUUACUCCGGAUUUUAACAGCUCCCCUCUGCCAGUUCCCGCUGUGAUUUUUAAACCACCGAUCGCUCUUGCUGAGCGAACCUGUCGAUCUGUUGUUGGAAGGAUGUCAUCUCUCGGUCAAACACAAGGAAGCGCGCUUCAUGGUUCAGAGGCAGAUGUUCAAAAUCAAGAAAACAUGCUUUCACGACUACGCGGUGCUGGCAAGAACAGGUUUGAAAAUCGGGAAAAUGUCAACCCCAAACCGACCAACAGGACUGUGCUGGGCGCCUUGGAGCACAAUCAGCGGAGACCGCCUGUUCUGCGCACCGCUAAACAGGUCUCUGGGCCCCAGAUUAUUGCCUGCAAGUUAGAAGAACAUGGCAGGAGCUUUGAAGAGAAGCCCUCCACCAAGCCACCUACUUUCCAGAUUCAUGUAGAUGAACCUGAUGGUGGAUGCGCUAAGAAACCGUCCAGACAAAGGGCAGCCAUGAAUUGCUCUCCCCUCACACUAAAUCCCACCGUGAUUCGUCUGAGACAGCCUCUUGCCACUAUUGAGCUGCCUAUGGAGUCCAGUUUUGAUUCUCCUAUGGAUAUGUCAGUAGUCGAUGGUGAGGAGAGGCCAAAAAGUGUCAAUGAAGUUACAGAUUAUGCUGCAGAAAUACACACACACUUGCGGGAAAUGGAGCUGAAGUCAAGGCCAAAAGCAGGUUACAUGAGGAAACAGCCUGACAUCACAAACAGCAUGCGUUCCAUCCUGGUGGACUGGCUGGUGGAAGUGGGAGAGGAGUACAAGCUCCAGAAUGAGACCCUCUAUCUGGCUGUGAACUACAUCGAUCGCUUCCUGUCCUCUAUGUCUGUCCUGAGAGGAAAACUGCAGUUAGUGGGCACAGCGGCCAUGCUUUUGGCUUCGAAGUUUGAGGAGAUCUACCCUCCAGAGGUGGCAGAAUUUGUUUACAUUACUGAUGACACCUACACAAAGAAACAAGUGUUAAGGAUGGAGCAUCUGGUGUUGACGGUUCUCUCUUUUGAUCUCGCUGCGCCAACGAUCAAUCAGUUUCUCACCCAGUAUUUCUUACACCAGCCUGUGAGCAGCAAAGUAGAAAGCUUAUCAAUGUUCCUUGGGGAGUUGAGUUUGAUCGAUUGUGACCCCUUCCUGAAAUACCUCCCGUCUCAAACUGCUGCUGCAGCCUUCGUUCUGGCCAACCACACGCUUGCAGGUGGAUCAUGGUCAACGGCACUUGUUGAGAUGUCUGGCUACACAUUUGAGGAUCUUAUGCCUUGUAUUCAGGACCUACAUCAGACCUACCUCGGUGCAGCUCAGCACGCACAGCAGGCUGUCAAAGAAAAGUACAAAAGUUCAAAGUAUCAUGAAGUCUCUCUCAUCGAGCCUCCAGAGAAGCUGAUGCUGAACUAACAUCCCCAUUGACAUAUAUCUGUGUUCACUGCUUCCAUACUUAAUGGGAAUUGUGCACAAAUUUUUUUUGUCUUAUUUCCGCAACUCCAAUAACUGAAGCCGUAGCCUCGUUUGGGGAAAUGGUGAGAUUAGUGACAUGUACAUUUUUAUAAGUCCUUAAGGAUUGUGGCUUUUAUAUGCUUGAUGCAACCAGAAUUUUGUACAUUAGGUAAUCAAGCAUUGUUUUAAUAUUUCAAUGUUUGUAUUCUAUUUUUUGAGACUCCAGUGGUGCACUUUAUUCUCUUACACCUAAGGUGACCUUACCUUCACAUCUAAAUAAAGUGCUGCUGGCCU